AUGGCUCCAGUGGCGACUGCUAAUGGCUAUGGAGGAACAUACCUCCCAGCUGACGGGAGUACUGACCCUGACUUAUCCCGUCACGAAAAAAGCCCCAUAGUCAAUCACCCAUCUCCAGAGGAUGUGACAAUCCUCGAGCAAUUGUGCGGGACCCGCAAGAAGAUGCGCAUCGCAGUCCUUGGCGCAGGCAUGUCUGGCUUGAACUUUUUCAAGUUUGCCGAAGAAAGACUCAAAAAUGUGGAAAUAAUCUGCUAUGAGAAGAACUCCGAUGUCGGUGGUACUUGGUUCGAAAACCGAUAUCCAGGCUGCGCAUGCGACAUUCCCAGCGUUGUAUAUCAAUUCCCUUGGAGACCUUCUCACUGGUCGAGAUACUAUUCGUACUCUCCCGAGAUAUGGGAAUAUAUCAAAAAGGUCGAGCAGGAAAACAACUUCAUUGAGAAAUACGUCAAACUCCGACAUCGAAUUGCCUCUCUUUCCUGGGAUGACGGGACCGCUCAAUGGACCGUUCGGGUACGAGAUCUUGAGACCGACAGAGAAUUCGAAGAUCAUGCGGACAUAGUCAUUGACGGUGGGGGCGUCUUGAACAAAUGGAAAUGGCCUGACAUCCCAGGUCUUCACGAUUUCAAGGGCACACUUCUUCACUCCGCUCAAUGGAAUCAAAACACAGAUUUGACCGGCAAACGAGUCGCGCUGGUAGGUGCAGGGAGCAGUGCUGUGCAAAUCCUGCCAAAUAUCUACGGCAAGGUCGAAAAGGUCUACACGUGGAUUCGGAAUAAAAUCUGGAUCACCGCGGGAUUUGCUCAGGCAUUUGCAGGCAAAGACGGCGCGAAUUUCAUCUACAACGAUGAACAACGCAAGCUGUUUGAUGAUCCAGAUGAGUUCUUGGCUUAUUGCAAGAUGAUUGAAGGAGAGCUCAAUCAGCGAUUCAGUUUCAUCAUCAACGGAUCCGACGCACAGAAGGCAGCCCGUGAAUAUUCCGAAAACGAAAUGAAAACUCUUCUGAAGAAUCGACCCGAACUAUUGGAAAAUAUCAUGCCUACCGAUUUCUUUGUGGGUUGCCGCCGACCAACCCCCGGGAAUGGAUACCUCGAGGCCCUCACCGGGGAAAAGACUGUUCCAUUCCACACUCAGCUCCAUCAAAUCACCGAAAAGGGGUUUAUUGACCCUGAUGGGAACGAGCAAGAAGUGGACGUCAUCAUCUGCGCAACAGGAUUUGACACUUCGUACAAACCCCGUUUUCCGUUGAUUGUGAACGGAUCAGACAAACGCGAGGAAUGGAAAGAUCAUCCCCAUGUUCCGUCCUAUCUUAGUUUGGCACUGGCGGAGGUUCCAAACUAUUUCAUAUAUGGAGGAGCCUACUGUCCUUCUGCUCACGGAUCAUUUUUCCCCCUCAUCCAAGGGUACUGCGAUUACACAGUGCAAGUGAUAGAAAAGAUGCAAAUUGAAAACAUCCGUUCGGUCCGGCCGAAGACCAAAGUGGUGGAACACUUCCUGCGACACGCUGAUUCCUUUCUCAAACGAACAGCAUGGACGGGUCCUUGCUCGAGUUGGUUUAAAGGUGGGAAGAUUGAUGGCAAACCAGCCAUCUACCCAGGGUCAAGACUCCAUUUUCUUCGCUUACUUGAAAAGCCACGGUUCGAAGACUAUGAUAUUGAAUAUGACGAACCAGAGGAUAUAUUCAGCUUUUUUGGUAACGGUUUCCAUGUUUGCGAAAGAGAUGGGAGCGAUAUUACAUGGUAUCUGGGGAAGCCAAAGAGAGAGGUGGAUUUGGACAAGAUCAGAGGUAUCAUGGAUGGCUUGAAAGGUAUCGAGAUGAAAAGGCUGUAA